CCUACGUACCCUACCCCACGAUGACCGCUGUACAGAAGCACUUCUUUGGCGCAGAGACGUUUGCCGUUGUGGGCGCAAGCACUGACAAGUCCAAGUUUGGCAACAAGGUGUUCAUGUGGUACCUUGACCACUCGAAGCCCGUAACGCCUAUCCAUCCCAAAGAACCCAGCAUCGAGUCUGUCCCCGCUCUCACUUCCCUCUCCGCCCUCCCUUCCCCCAAAAUGACCUCAGUCAGCGUCGUCACCCCCGCCAAAGUCACGCUCUCCGUGUUGAAGGAAGCGAAGGAGCUCGGAGUGUGGGCUGUGUGGAUCCAGCCUGGGGCGAGUGACGACGCUUGCGCAGAGUGGAUAAAGGAAAACGAGAUGGAGGAUAAGGUCAUUUACGGCGGGCCGUGCAUCCUCAGGGAUGGAGAGGCCGUUAUGGCACUGAUUGGUCAGUAGGAGGUUGGAACAUGAGGAUAUGUUGUUCAUGUUAUUCAUGACUAGGCAAAGUCAAAGGUCGGAUGUGAAUUGAAAUUGUACACUACGAGCUAG